AUGGAUGCAGGAAACUAUACAAGAAUUUCAGAGUUUCUUCUUCUGGGACUUUCAGAGGAAGCAGAACUACAGCCCCUCAUUUUUGGGCUUUUCCUCAUAAUGUACGUAAUCACUGUGUUUGGAAACCUGCUCCUCAUCCUGGCCGUCAGCUCAGACUCCCACCUCCACACCCCCAUGUACUUCUUCCUGGCCAACCUGUCCUUUGUAGACAUCUGUUUCACCUCCACCACCAUCCCCAAGAUGCUGUGGAACAUCCAGACUCAGAGGAAAGUGAUCACUUAUGAAGACUGCAUCAGCCAGAUGUACUUUUUCAUACUGUUUACAGGAUUGGACAACUUCCUUCUGGCUGUGAUGGCUUAUGACCGCUUUGUGGCCAUCUGUCACCCCCUAAACUACAUGGUCAUCAUGAAUCCCCAGAUCUGCAGAGUGUUGGUUCUGGUGUCCUGGAUCGUGAGUGCCCUCUAUUCCUUGUUACACACCUCAAUGGUGCUACGGCUGUCCUUCUGUACAGUCAUAAAAAUCCCCCAUUUUUUCUGUGAACUCAAUCAGAUGAUACAACUUGCAUGUUCUGACACCUUUCUCAAUAACAUGGUGAUAUAUUUUGCAGCUGUGUUGCUGGCUGGUGGUCCCUUCCUUGGGAUCCUUUACUCUUACUCUAAGAUAGUUUCCUCCAUACUUGGGAUCUCAUCAACUCAGGGCAAGUAUAAAGCAUUUUCCACCUGUGUGUCUCACCUCUCAGUUGUCUCCUUAUUUUAUUGUACGAGCCUAGGAGUGUACCUUAGCUCUGCUGCUACCCAGAGCUCCCACUCAAAUGCAGUGGCCUCAGUGACGUACACGGUGGUCAUGCCCAUGCUGAACCCCUUCAUCUACAGCCUGAGGAACAGAGACAUAAAGAGGGUUCUGAUGAGAUUCUCUGGGAGGGCAGGUCUAAAAGGGCCAGUUGUUCUGGGGCUGAAAAUGUGCACAGGAUUGCAGAGCCCAUAG